AUGGGAACUGUCGAGUUGAACCUGCCAUCCAAUCAAACAGACAGUGGCAGUCCCUUAGAAACCAACCAGUCUCAAAGUUAUUCGUUGGAUACUUCCUUCGUUGAACACAAUGCAACCUUUCAAACACGUUUCACCGAGUCUCAGAAGCCUCAAACAUCCACAAACCUGAGCAUGGUCAAUCCCUGUUCCGACAUCAUUAACAAUGCAGCAAAUGCACCAUUCUCUGAACCCGAACUUGAUUCACUUUUGAAGAGGAACUUACAAGAACUGGAGCAACUGACAAUCAGACUGAAGCAGAAACUGGGCAUGCCUACUCACAACCAGAAGCCAUCAGCUGCUUUGUUGACCUGCACAGAAGCAAGCAAGACGCCCAGCACGAACGUUUCUACCUCUAAUCCUAAGAAGCAGUCAUUAGCUGCAUUCUCCACAUUACAAUCAACGAAAUCACCAUCGCAAUUAAAGUCACGGAAAUUCACUCAGUCAACAUUACCUGUUACUAACAACGCACAUCCAUCAGUUAAUGGUCCCUCAUUAAUUCAAAGUUUAAAUGCAUCGGCGGGAGAACAAGAAACCGACGACAACCGCUUAUUUUCUUACCUGGCCUUUGGUGACUAUCCAGCAGCAACAGCCGCAGACAACGACGCGUCAAAUCGAGCGUUCAAAUCCGAUCAGGACCUGACGGCUCGCAGGGCACCAUCGGAAUAUGCCUCCUCCUGGAUGCUCCUUCACUCCUCUCAAGUCCAACUUCAGAACAAGCUCAGUCCGCAGCGCAUGAAAUGUCAGCAAAGCCAGCCAAACAGACAUAUUUAUAAGCUGAAUAAAAUGUCAGAUGAUGUUGAAGCGGGUGCUCAACCGCGUGCCCAUCAGGUCAAUCAUAACGUCAACAUGAACAACAACUACGAUGUCCAUGAUGGUGAUGUUGAUGGUGAUGUUGAUGGUGAUGUUGAUUUUUUCUCAGAUGUCACUAACGCUGCUUACGGUGUUGGCGAUAAUGUCGGCGACCAUGAUAAGAAGGACUGUUUCGAUUAUGGCGAUGAUGACGACGACGAUGCCAGUGAAAUUCACUUCGUGAAGCCGAAAAUUUUGAACGGUGCCAGCGCGCUGCAGAGAAUUAACGAUGAAACCAAACAAAUUGCAAAUCAAUUUCACCAUGAUACUGAUCACAAUGAUGAUAAUGGUUGUCAUGAUGGUGAUGAUGUUGAUGACACUGGUGCAAAGAGAAGUAAUGAUGGCCAAUAUGAUGAUGAUGAUGAUGAUGAUGAUGAUGCAAAGAAUAAGGAUAGCUUUUUGAAUAAAGUUAAUAAGUUGCUGGAAGGAGCAAGCGCCGUCGUAGCUGCCGAUGAUGAUGAUGAUCUUGUUUCAUCUUUCUAUUGCGACAGUGGCAGGGACGACGGUGGGGCUUCUGAACUGGUCGGCCACGGAAAUAUUUUUAAUACUCGAAAUGACGACGCCGCUUUUGAUAGCGACGAGGAAGAUGAUGUCAGCGACGAUUUCGUUGGUGGUAAUGAGGAUAUUGUUGGUGGUGGUGAGAACAGAGAUGAUAAUUGUAACGACGAUGAUGAUGUCGAUAGAAAAAAACAUGAGAGCUCAGAUGCUACGAAGGAUAAAAACGGUACUCAGUUUGCUGGUAGUAAUAAAGUCGAUGUCAAAGAUGGCUUCGACGUUGAAGUUGGUGGUAGUAUGUCUUAUAAAAUUGAUGUCGUACCUGCUACUGAAAAUGUUGACCUUCAUUUUGAUCGUCUGUCUAAUCGAGGGGAGGGAAAAAGAAAUGAUGAUAAAGAUCCGCCUUACCAGACUUCAUCAUCGUCUGCCUGUUCCACUGUAGUUGAUGAAAACUUGUCGAAAUAUUGGCUAAAUGGGCAUAGAAAGAAGAUCAGCGAUCGAGUCGUUGCCUUCAAAACUUUCCAGGUGCCUUCCUUGCAGGACGCAGACAGGAUUGCCAGGAUACUGACGAAACAACAUCAGCCUUAA